CCGGAAAUACGUCAAGACUCCAGGCGCAAAAUAGAACCUGAUUCAAAAUUGUGAAAUUAUCAGCUGUGUACAAGGUAGCAAGAUUGAGUUACUCCAGCUGUCAACACAAUGCACAGCAAGUCAUCAACUUGCACUGGGAUUGAACACAAAGUUCAGCAGAGGUCACCGGAAUGGUUUUCACUGCGGAGAAACACACUGAUCACUGCAUCGCAAUUCGGAGAUGCCAUCGGAGUAGGAAGAGGAAAACCGUUUGACUUCUUCCUGUCGCUCAUUUCAGAAGAUUCAAUAUUUGAACAGGAUGGCAAUAUGAUGUCCAAUUUACAACAUGGAAUAGACACUGAAAUUAUAAUAAAAGAAGCUUAUGAAAUGUUGACAGGGAACCUUGUACGAGACUCUGGAUUCUGGGUUCCAAACAAAGACAGCCCUUUGAAAACGCUCAUUGGUGCUUCCCCAGAUGGUUUAGUUGUUGAUAGAGAUUGUCCAGAGAAUAUUAUUGGACUUACUGAGUUCAAAGCCCCUGUGCAUAAGAUGUACUCUGGCAAUGACUUAGACAUGGGUAUCCCCAGGCAAUACAUGGCCCAGAUUCAAGGUCAGAUGGCAGUGGUUGGUGCUCCCUGGUGUGACUUUUUAGCCGUGUGUACCAAAACAAGGGAGAUAAUCCUGAAAAGAGUUCACUUUCAACCCGUGUACUGGUUCCAUGUGUCGGAUGUCAUAAGGCAGUUCUGUCACACAUUGCAGGAAUCCCAAGUACGGGAGAUGUUUGGACAGGAUCCCACAGAAUCCCUGUCUGCUAAGAAGCUAAGGACACUACCAAUGCACAGAUCCAAGUUUCCAGGGGAGGACAGUAUAACUGUGGAGGACCUUCUGGAACAGAAAGAUGGGAUGUUCCGUGGUCCUUCCAUGGUGUUCAUGUCAUUUGACCUACUUAUGGGUUACCCUUGUAACCAAGGUAACACAAGCCUGAAUAUGGACCAGGUGUUGGAGAGGAUUGAUAGCCAGAUACAUUCUACUCAACAAAGUCAAGUUGUGUGAUCCAGUAUGUCUAAGAUGUUAUUUAGUUUUAUCAGAUUUUAAGUAAUAAAUGCUACCAUUUUAUGCAGUUAACCUGUAACAUAUUUUAUGCAGUUAACCUGUAACAUAUUUUAUGCAGUUAACCUGUA